AUGUCGCAUCAUUCCCUCAUCCUCCUGCGGAUAAUCACUACUACGAUCCGCGACCGAUGUGUGAAGCAGGCAGGCAAGACGACCAAAAACACAAACACCAAUCCGAAAACCAUCCGACAAAUCCCUUAUCAUCUUCAGACUUAUUUUCCGGACGCUUAUAGGAAGCAUUACCCUAAUGCCAAAACCCAUAUCUCGUCUAGAGUCAGAUCAGUCGAUUCCAAUGGUAACCCAUUGUUCGGCGAAAACGCGGUCAGACGCGAGCGGAAGCAGUUUAGUGUUGAAGAGGACGCGGCCUUAAAACGUGGCUACGUAAAGUUUGGCACGGCGUGGAGUUCGAUUCAAAGAGAUCCGGUCUUAGCUUCUCGAAAAGCUACGGAUUUGAGAGACAGACUGAUGCUCAUCAACUGCAGUGCUGCUGCGGGUUACAAGCCUCGGUCAAGGAAGGCAUCUGGAUCGAAUGUUCCUGAUUUCUUGGCGGAACCGAAUCAACAGCAUGGGACAUUCGAGGCGAUUGAUUUAUCAGUCUACCCCCCUCACCCCUCCCGGGGGAUAGGUCACUUGCACCCAAAUCAGUAUCAACUCCCCUCGCUUGAUUUCCUGAAAGCGCAUGGUGCAGAUGCAUUCUCCGAUUUCAGCAUGAUGCUGUCAGACCCCCAGAUGUCUGCUGGAGAGGAUCUCGGCCCACUGAAUGCCCCUCAGAUGUUGGCUACGACGCUUAGCCCGGCUAUACCAGUCCAUCUCACCAACAUGACUCCUCGGCCCAUGAUCACGACUCCACGUCCAAAUGACACAACCCCUCGACCACAAAAGACAUCAGCCACAACGACACUUGAAGCGCUCGAUGCGACAUCUGGUAGCUCAAGCGAGAAAGUCUUUCAGUCACUAGUACCGGCGCCGACGAAACCUCCGAAAUCGGUCCACAAGACUCAGAGUUCGAUGGACUUGACUGAAUUUUCGAACUUGCACUUGUUCGACUCAAGUUUCGGGCCUCCGACAGCGUCACAUCACGUACAUGGUGGUGACAUAUACUCGCCAAGAUCCACGGACUAUCUGGAAUAUGAUGUUGCCCCAGCACGGCAAUGUCCAGAAAAUCAGUUCUUGCAAAGACUCUCGUCCGAACUGUCCCUUCAACCUGGAAGCCACCAGGGAGAAAAGUUUGAAAUCACGGGAUCUCCGAAUUUAGAUCAAUUUGAGCACGAUUUCAUCGCAAGGACAACAAUGAGUGAUACCACAGACUGGUUACGUGAAUUGGAUGCCGCAUCUCAAGCUUUCCCUGGUGCCUUCGAUUUAAGCGGCUUUCUGAAUGAUAACGCCUUCCAAAGUGCUGAUGGAGGCUCCUGUGGAUCUUCGUUGAUAUCCUCCGAUCCUCCAAAGGAUGCAUUGGAUGAUAGGGUUAUUUACACCGGCGAUGUCGAUAAUUUUCAUCAAUCCCUCGCCGCAUGUCAUUCGUUCACGUCUCAACAGUCGUUAUCGCCACACCAAUCUCAAUUGCAAUCUAUAUCUGUGCCAUCAUCACAAACUCAGGAACCUUUCCCAAACGAUCACUUCAUUGAAAAUACUCUGCUUUCAACUUAUGAACUUUCGAGUCAGGGUCUCAAAUUCAACACGGACUUACCCAACAUUCCUCCUGCCCAACCCGAGCAGCGAUGCCACCUGCACCAACACCAUCACGGACAAUCAAUGAAUAACGAACACUCGAACCAAAUCACGUUGUGCCCAUCUCUGCUGGCUCCAGAUCUCAACUCGCCGCUUCCCUGCUCUCCGCCAUCUCCGAUUUCAGCCUCGUCUGCAAUAUACCCGUCUUCUUCAACUCAUCGCUAUCUAUGA